ACCGCAUUCUCACACUCGACAUCUGGUCAGGACGCACCGACAGACGCACCAUCUCCGCAGAGCACGCACACCGGGGCUGCACAAUGGAUGUCAUCGGGGCUCCAUCCCGCAGGAGAAUGCUCGAGACUCGGAGCAACCGCUCAUCCCCACCCGCCAGCCUAAGAUCACACUCCUGGUCUCAGAGAAAUCCGGGGUGCAUGUCCAUCUCCUACAAAAGAACUACCAAGAUGCCAGCAAGCAGGGCGUACACGACCGCGCCAGACAGUCUGGAACUCUCAUCCGCAUUCAAUGGUGACCACAUGUGCAAAAACGAGAAGGAACAACUUCAAGGGUUGAAUGACCGAUUCUCCAGUUAUAUCGAUAAAGUCCGGUAUCUGGAAGAACAAAACAACCUGCUGGAGACUGAAAUCCAAGAACUCCGGCAGAAAAAGUUCACGCAGUCGCAACUUAGUGAUGCUUUCGACCAAGAGCUCGGCGAACUCCGCUCCGCGCUCGAGCAACUGCAUAGAGAGAAAGUGCAGAUUAUUAUUGAUGCCGAUAACGUCGAAGACGACAUCCACCGUCUCAAAAACCGCUACGAGGAUGAAGCCCGCUUUAGAGAAAAAAUCGAAAUGUCAAUCCGGGAAAUGAAGAAGGAAAAAGAUGACUCGGAUCUGAUGAAAUUGGAGUUGGAGAACAAAGUUCAGUCCCUCCUGGAUGAGGCAGACUUCCUGCGCAGUAACCACGAACAAGAGGUCAACGACCUCCUCGCGCAGCUCCAAGAGGCUCAAGUCCCGGUAGACAUGCGGGAAUACAGUAAAACGGACAUCACCUCUGCGCUCCGAGAAAUACGCGAGCAGCUGAACGGUCUCUCACCCCAACACUUUCUUCAGGCGGAAGAGGUGUUCCAGUGCCGCUACGCCAAACUCACGGACGCUGCAGACCAGAACAAGGACGCGAUCAAAUCUGUCCGCGAUGAGAUCGCAGAUUAUCGCCGGCAGUUGCAGGUGAAGAACGUGGAACUGGAGACUCUCCGCGGCACCAAAGAGUCCCUGGAGAGACAGCUGACUUACAUCGAAGACCGGCAUAACAACGACUUGGGCAGCUACCAGGAGAUGAUUCAUCAGCUGGAGCGGGAGCUGAAGGGCAUGAAGGGUGAGAUGGGUCACCACCUCAGGGAAUACCAGGACCUGCUCAACGCCAAGAUGGCCCUAGACGCUGAGAUCGCAGCCUACAGAAAACUACUGGAAGGGGAGGAGACUCGCUUCAGGCCAUUUUCUGACUCUUUCCCAAGCCCCGCCUUCCCAUACUGUCAGCCAAUGACCUCCUCUAAAGGGAAGAAGGAAGACAAGAAGGCGGACCUGAACGAUGACCUGGCUGCUGUAGUGGAGGAACUCCAGAAGGAGGAGGAGGCCGUGGAGGAAGAGGUGGCUGUCUCCAAGCGACCCAAACUGAGCGCUACUCCCCCUACAGGAGAGGAGGAGGAGGGUGGAGAAAAGGGAGAUGAAGAGGGUGAGGGAGAGGAGGAAGAGUCUGAGAUUGAGGAAACACAGCUGAGCAGUACCAAAGCCCAAAAGGCUGGUGCUGAAGAAGAGGAGGAGGAAGAUGAAGCACAGGAGUCAGGAGAAAAAGACAAAAAGAGUGACUCAGAGGGAGAGGAAGGAGAACAGGCAGGUGACAAGAAAGAGGUGAAGGAGGCAGCAGCACCUGAGCAGAAGCAGGAGGAUCAGGUGGAGGAGCUGAGGAGUCCCCCAAAGACUCCUGGCAGCCCCAAAGGGGAGGAGCAGAAGAGUCCUCCCAAGUCUCCUGGCAGCCCCAAAGAGGAGGAGCAGAAGAGUCCCCCCAAGUCUCCAGGCAGCCCAAAAGAGGAGGAGCAGAAGAGUUCUCCUAAGUCUCCUGGUAGCCCCAAAGAGGAGCAGGACAAGGAGCUGAAGAGUCCCCUCAAGGCUCCCGUCAGCCCCAAAGAGGAGGAGCAGAAGAGUCCUCCCAAGUCUCCUGGCAGCCCCAAAGAGGAGGAGCAGAAGAGUCCCCCCAAGACUCCUGGCAGCCCCAAAGAGGAGGAGCAGAAGAGUCCCCCCAAGACUCCUGGCAGCCCCAAAGAGGAAGAGCAGAAGAGUCCCCCCAAGACACCUAGCAGCCCCAAAGAGGAGCAGGACAAGGAGCUGAAGAGUCCCCCAAGUCUCCUGGCAGCCCCAAAGAGGAGGAGCAGAAGAGUCCCCCAAGACUCCUGGCAGCCCCAAAGAGGAGGAGCAGAAGAGUCCCCCCAAGACACCUAGCAGCCCCAAAGAGGAGGUGCAGGAGAAGGAGCUGAAGAGUCCCC